AUGUCGGAGCCAAGCCUUCCUGCGAAGUGCACCGCGGAGUUUGUGGGAACCUUCCUGCUGAUCUUCACGGUGGGCUGCAAUGUCCUGGUGUGCUACUCCCUGCUGUUCGGCCAAAGCUUCAACUUGGCACCAGCCAAGGGCUUCUCUUGGUACCAUGCAGGACUCUGCGAGUUGCUGUAUACGUUCAUGCUGACCUUCGUCGUCAUGAACGUGGCAGCGGCCAAGAAGAAUGCAACCGAGAAGAAUCAAUACUACGGUAUGGCCAUCGCUUUCACCGUGGUUGCAGGUGCUUAUGGUGCUGGAGCUGUUUCUGGUGGAUGCUUCAACCCUGCCGUUGCUCUGGGCAUUGACGUGUCCAGUGCCGGGUUGGGCUUCGGUUGGAGCUUGGCCUACAUUGUCUUCGAGCUGCUCGGUGCUGGCAUGGCUGCAGCACUCUUCAAGGUCGUGCGUCCAGAAGAUUUCAGCGGCGAGAAGUCCCAAGUUACGGAGCUGGUGAGCGAAUUCUUGGGAACUUACAUGUUGGUCCUCACCGUUGGUCUGAACGUGUUGGGCAAGUCCAAGGCUGCUGCAUUCUCCAUUGCUGCUGGCCUCACCUCCAUGAUCUAUGCCCUUGGCGAUGGCGCCACGUUUGCAUUGGGCCCUGUGGGUUUCAGCACCUGGGCUGGCGUUUCUGUGGCCGAGAUUGUCUAUACCUUCGUUCUUUGCUUCGUGGUGCUUUGCGUGGCUGUGUCUGAGCGCACAAAGGCCUCUCAUUUGUUUGGCCUUGCCAUUGGCUCCUGCGUGACCGUUGGUGGAUUUGCCAUUGGUGGCAUCUCCGGUGGCUCCUUGUUCGGCAUUGCUGCGGCAAACAUCAUCAACGGUGGCUUCUUCUACAAGGCCUUGAUCUACUCUGCUCUUGAAGUUGUCGGUGGUGUGGCUGCUGCUGGAGUGUUCAAGGUUACCCAUGAGGCUGUCAAAAUGUCGGAGCCAAGCCUUCCUGCGAAGUGCACCGCGGAGUUUGUGGGAACCUUCCUGCUGAUCUUCACGGUGGGCUGCAAUGUCCUGGGUGGCAGCCCAAUCUGGGCUGGUGUUUCCAUUGCUUUCGUCCUCAUGGUUUGCAUCUAUGCCUUGGGUGGCAUCUCUGGGGCCAAUUUCAACCCUGCGGUGUCCGUGACUCUGGGCAUCUCCCGUGCUCUCGGCGGUCCUGGCCUUGACUGGAAAACGGUGGGCAUCUACUCUGGUGUGCAAUGUGCUGGUGGCAUCACUGCCGCAGUGUGCUACUCCCUGCUGUUCGGCCAAAGCUUCAACUUGGCACCAGCCAAGGGCUUCUCUUGGUACCAUGCAGGACUCUGCGAGUUGCUGUAUACGUUCAUGCUGACCUUCGUCGUCAUGAACGUGGCAGCGGCCAAGAAGAAUGCAACCGAGAAGAAUCAAUACUACGGUAUGGCCAUCGCUUUCACCGUGGUUGCAGGUGCUUAUGGUGCUGGAGCUGUUUCUGGUGGAUGCUUCAACCCUGCCGUUGCUCUGGGCAUUGACGUGUCCAGUGCCGGGUUGGGCUUCGGUUGGAGCUUGGCCUACAUUGUCUUCGAGCUGCUCGGUGCUGGCAUGGCUGCAGCACUCUUCAAGGUUGUGCGUCCAGAAGAUUUCAGCGGCGAGAAGUCCCAAGUCACGGAGCUGGUGAGCGAAUUCUUGGGAACUUACAUGUUGGUCCUCACCGUUGGUCUGAACGUGUUGGGCAAGUCCAAGGCUGCUGCAUUCUCCAUUGCUGCUGGCCUCACCUCCAUGAUCUAUGCCCUUGGCGAUGUUUCUGGUGCCCACUUCAACCCUGCUGUCACAGUGGCCAUCCUGGCGUCUGGCCGCUGCCCUGACCUCACUCCUGCCAAGGCUGGCAUGUAUGCCGGCGUUCAGAUUGCCGGUGGCAUUGCCGCAGCUUUGACAUACGCCUUCAUCUACCAGGGCGCCACGUUUGCAUUGGGCCCUGUGGGUUUCAGCACCUGGGCUGGCGUUUCUGUGGCCGAGAUUGUCUAUACCUUCGUUCUUUGCUUCGUGGUGCUUUGCGUGGCCGUGUCUGAGCGCACAAAGGCCUCUCAUUUGUUUGGCCUUGCCAUUGGCUCCUGCGUGACCGUUGGCGGAUUUGCCAUUGGUGGCAUCUCCGGUGGCUCCUUGAACCCUGCAGUGUCGUUCGGCAUUGCUGCGGCAAACAUCAUCAACGGUGGCUUCUUCUACAAGGCCUUGAUCUACUCUGCUCUUGAAGUUGUCGGUGGUGUGGCUGCUGCUGGAGUGUUCAAGGUUACCCAUGAGGUGGAGUCCGCUUUGCCUGAAGGAAAAGACAUGGAAGCCUGA